AGAACCAGGAGAAAACGGGCUACGUGGCCUCUUCUGUAACUUAUUGUCAUUUGUCCCCCACCCAUCCAUCCAUUUGAACUGAACUGAAGUCGCUGAAUAAUUAAUUAUAGGCCCAACGCGACUUUGCUAGAAUACCCUGGUGGUGUGGGUUUCGCAAUUUGAACGGCGUUGGAGGAACAAAGGGGGUAGGUUAAGUUUUGUUAUGGAGGCGGAGGAGGGAAAGGCGGAGUUCGAGGCAUCGGAGAUAGAUUAUGUGAGCUACGGCGGGGAGCAUCAUCUUCCUCUAAUUAUGAAGCUGGUGGAUCAGGAGCUCAGCGAACCCUAUUCCAUUUUCACCUACAGAUACUUCGUCUACCUCUGGCCCCACCUCUCCUUCCUCGCCUUUCAUAAAGGGAAAUGCGUAGGGACGGUGGUGUGCAAGAUGGGAGAUCAUCGCCAUACUUUCAGAGGAUAUAUAGCUAUGCUCGUUGUUCUCAACCCAUACAGAGGUAGAGGCAUCGCAACCGAACUUGUGAGUAGGUCAAUUCAAGUGAUGAUGGAAUCAGGUUGUGAGGAGGUGACUCUGGAAGCAGAAGUGACGAAUAAAGGAGCACUUGCAUUAUAUGGUCGCCUGGGGUUUAUUAGGGCCAAGAGGCUUUUUCGCUACUACUUGAAUGGAGUUGAUGCGUUCAGGCUGAAGCUGUUGUUUCCUCGCCCAGAACCAAACUACUCUGGGUCUGCGCUACCCACGGGGGAUGACGCCCAGGGGCUUGAUGAGGGAAAACAUUAUGUGGUGACAUGAUAAACAGCUUGGGAUCAGGGAUAUAAAAUACUGCUCAACAUCUUCGCUGCAUAUGUGCGAUAAUAAUAUUCAUGUUAGGGAUUUGUUUUGAUGAAACUGAACUGCAGUGAUGCUGAAUUUAGAUCAUCACCCUCGAUUUUCUUGAGUUGGUGAUUGUAUUAUUGGUGCUGGUGUACUGCCAUCCAUAUAUAACUCAAAAGAAUUGUUUGAGCUCCUUGUAUUGCCACCUUGUAGCCAAGCAUAGCAAGACUUCCUGAAA